AUGUCAAGGAUGUGGCACGGCGUGGCCAGCUUCUCCAUCUCUGAUCUUCUCAACUCAAGAUUGAACCAUCCUCUCAAUCUUCGAUCAGACUUGGAGCCGAAACGCAAUUCUACUCAAGUGGGUCGAAGUCGGAACCUUCAGGUAUCCCAGCUCCUGAAGAACGGGGAGGAGUCACGUAAGCUGUUGGCAUCGGUGGAGAAGGCCGAGUUCCAAAAUAUGCCAAGAUAUUUGGAUGGCAGCUGGGUGAGGCUAAGUGCUGCGCUGGCAGAACCCAUGGCAGAACUGCAGGCUCAGGAGGAGGAGACGGCAGGGCGAUCUCAAGAAGAGGCGUCUCCUGAGAAGGCUGAGGAUGUCCCUGAGGUGCCCCCCCACCGUUCGCUAUGA